AUGCAGCGUGCUGAGACAGCAGAAUCAUGGACCGAGGUGUCACCAACUCCUCGUCGCCAUGGGGCUUUCUUGUCUGACAAGGAAAAUGUCCCAUUGCCUCGUGAGCCUCGUCCGUCAGAUGGUUGGCUUAGGAAUCCUGCAUGGAUUGAUGGAGGUGUUAACCCUCCUUGUUUCUACCAUUCACAUGCAGAAAUUGAGGAGGUUUGUCGUAACACUUAUCUUCAAGCUGAUGACAGUGACUUCGCUAUUGAAAAUGGUAAUCGCACACCUCUGGCCGCCUCUCAGGUCCUUCCGUCUGCAGUAUCAGGCGAGCAGAUCAGUGUAUCUCAAGAUAGUGCCGGUCACCUGGUAUCAGUCACUAUGCUCGUUUUGGUCGUCGAGAGGAGUUCAUCGAGCAAUGGUCGUGGAAAGUUGUCCUCCAAGAAGACGAAGACCAUCAAGUCUGAUCACGUCCGCAUCGAGACCAUGUCUCGUGUCGAGUUUAUUACAGCAUUCCUUCGUGUCCAUGAUCUCGAUGAUCAGUAUAGCCCUGGCGUUCAUUUUGGCCCAGCAUUCCGAUUCUGGUGGACAGGAUCGAGCGGCGGAAAGACAGGUGCUUUGACUAUUGAGAAUGAUCAUGAUUUUGAUGUUGCUCGCACUGCUCUUUUGAAGAAAAAGAAGGACAGUUGUGUUGUGAAUGUAGAAUUCGACGUGGAUACCAUGGACGGCUUCAGAAUCCGAAAACGGGCUCUUCCUCAUGGUGAUACAGUCACUCGUCAGGACGAAGAACUUCUAUAUGGAACCAAGGUGCCUCGUGUUGACUCGUUUUCAGAGGAGUCUCAGAUCCAUGGUGCUAUUAUCAUGCAGCUGAAGAACAAGUGGUCAUGCGAGAAACAUCUCGGCGAGCAUGGCGAACCUGGCCACUGCUACAUCGCCUCGACUGGCGAGCAUUUGGGAUUAAACAGUCGUAAAUUGAAGCUAUGGGCUGCUGCCAUUGCUGCUGCUGAUGCCACCAAGCACGAGCCACCAAACACGGUUGACUUUGAUGUUCUACGUGAUGGUCGGCUUGAUGCUGUCAAGCCACGUGGUUGUACGGGUCCACGUUCUUCACUGAGUUCAACUGGCUCUCAGGAUGCCACAACAAUGCUUCUUGCUGCCAUGAUCCCACUCAUUACGGAACGACUCGCACCCCCAAGAGUUCCUGAGGCUGUACCUCUUAAUUUGCCAGUGCCUUCCACUCCGGUUCGUCCUUGUGAUGCUUCUCCAUUCUCCCCAACUCCUGCUGCUGGCACGGAAAUACAAACAUGUCUAGGUGAUUUCCUCAAGGCUAAAGGGAUCAAUAUCCUCGAUUCAGGAAGUAUUCUUUUCGACCUUGACUUGACUCCCGAUAUUGUUGGCGAAGUGCCAGUGGCUCAUCUCUCUGAUGUAAUGGAUGUUGUUGAGGGUCGAGUGCUGAAAUUCCAGAUGUUUGCGAGAGAGUGGAAUGACCGUCUUCAAGUUAAGAGGCGUCGUCUGCAGUAG